AUGUUGAAGCUGCCCAAGUUGGAUCUCAUGAAGCAGUGUGGACUCGCCGUGUUUGGGCUCGGCGCUCUCCUGAUGAUUUGCGGUUGGUUCAUUGCCUUCGUGAGCUUGUGUUACGGCCAGUCGGAGUCAUACUUUGACCGGUUCGACUACUCCCACUCCGCAUGGUUCAUCAUUUGGAUUCAGCUUUUCCUCUGCUUUGCCAUCUUUGGCCACUUUUUCCUUCCCUUCCCCACCGACUUCAUGGUCUCUGUUUUCCUUGGAGCUUGCUUUGCCAUUACGUUGAUCGUCUCCGAUGCUCACCUUUACGCUGAUUCGCGUAUGAACCUAUUGGAGGUCGAAGCUAAUAACGACCGCGGCUCCAUGACAGCGCUCACGACCGGUUUCCUGAUCCUCGCUCUCGGUAACCUGUUUGCUCUCUGCUACUUUGCCGUCAAGUUCGACCUUGAGCACCGCCCCAACAAGCAGAUUGACGACUCGUUCGGCGGUAUCAAAGGCUCCGGCAUUAGCGGCCCAGGUGGCAUCAUCGGCUCAUUCCCGGGCAGCGGUCUUCGCCAGCGCGCAGGUUUCCAGGGCGAAAACCCUGUGGACUCGGUCGGAGUCAACAGCAUGUCGUACCCUCCUCAGGCUGCCAAUUCGAUGGCUCCUCGGUCGCCUGACCUCGGCACGCCGAAUGCUCUUGGAUCAGACCCUCUGUCGAAUGGUUACUCGCGCCCUAAUGAUGUUGAAAUCGGCAUGCCCACGACCGGCAGUGCUGUUAACGCGACGUCGACCGAGACGCCAUUUGUUCAGGCUCCACGCCAGGACGCUUCAUUGCCUCUCAACGAGACUGCCAAGGACGACAACCUCGCUCCACCUAUCCUCUCCUCGAACCUCGGCCCCUCGACUGCGGGUGCUGCUGGCGGUGCCGUUCCGGCUGCUGCCGCUGGCGCUUCAGGCACGCAAAGUGCUUUACAACGCGCCGAGGCUCUCUACUCGUACAAGGCCAGUGAGGACGACCCUACUGAGAUUUCGUUCGCCAAGGGCGACGUUCUCCAGAUUGUCGACAGCUCUGGCAAGUGGUGGCAGGCUCAGCGCCCUAAUGGUGAGCUCGGUAUUGUGCCAAGCAACUACCUCCGUUUGAUCUAA